AUGAAAAAUUUGGAACUUCAACGGUAUAGUACAUCAAUUGCUGAUUUGCAUCGAAUUGUUACAUCAUUAUUAAAAAAAUUGGAUGAUCGAUUAAAACAAAAUUAUUUUGGUCAUCAAACACGAAUAUUAUUAAAUUCUAUGAAUGAAGAUACACAACAAGAACUGACUUCUUCUUUUAUUAAUUAUUUAUCAAGUAUUAUUAAAUACAUAAACAAGUAUUACGAUGAUCACCGUGUAUUAGCUGAAUCAGUAGCUAUUUUUGGAAUAACCGAAAUUGAUCAAGUUACAUUCGAUCAAAUAGAAAGAUGUGUUUCUGUUCGUAAUCUUGAACUUGAUCAUGAUAAAUUAUUUGAACAAAUGAUUGAUUUACAAUCAACUUUUAAAGAAGUAAAUUCUUAUCGCGAACCAUUAUUUAUUCAAAUAAAAAAAUAUAUUGGUAAUCAUGACGUCAAAAAACACAUAUUUGAUGCAACAUGCGAUGCAUCAGCUGAGGAUGAAGCAGUUGAUAAUGAAGAUGAACAAUUUCUUUACAAGACAUCAACGACACAACAUCAUCAAAAGAUUCGACUUGAUCAAGUUUGGGCAUAUUUAAUUGCAAAAACCACAACAAGUUGUGAUGAAAUAACAAAACUUGUUUCUUAUGUAUAUUCAAUUUCUUGUUCGAAUGCAUUUGCAGAAGGUGUUUUUAGUCAUAUGAAGCACUCUUGGACAGCUAGUCGAAAUCUCAAUGCUAAGUGA